AGUCCACUCCAUCUUCCCAGCCCGGUGCGGGGACACCGACUAGGUCCCAGUCAUCCGUGGCAUGCCCAUGACAGCCGCCGGGCUCCGUUCCCCAAACGGUCGCAGGCGGGCAGCAGACAAAGUUUGUCAGAGAAUCGGGGUGACUUUGCUCGGGGACCCGCGCGCAUUUGCGCGAAUGCGCGGUGCCUGGGAGCCAGAGCCCGUUUUGCAGCUCCGGACUGGGGACCUGGUGUCCCUCCCUUCCGGACCCCCUCCAGGGGUGUGUUCUGGGAAAGUGGUGGCAGAGCUAGCGCUGGAGCGUCGGGAGGGAGAAGCCUGCACCCCUACAGCCGGGGAACCCCAGUGGGGGGCGAGGCGGGGAGGCGCGAACCCCGCGGUGCUGCCCUGCGGCCGAGAUGCGGGAACAGCCCUUAUUCGCCUGGCAGUGACACCCCGAGGCUGUGGUGGUAGUGUAAUGCGAAAGCCAGGACGGAAUGGAAACAGGACUUGAAGACCUUCCCAGGAUGCCUGAGGCAAGUUCUCCUAGGCGGACCCCACAGAAUGUCCCAUACCAGGACCUGCCUCACCUGGUCAAUGCAGAUGGACAGUACCUCUUUUGUAGGUACUGGAAGCCCAGUGGCACACCCAAGGCCCUCAUCUUUGUGUCCCAUGGUGCUGGGGAGCACUGUGGCCGUUAUGACGAGCUGGCUCAGAUGCUGAGGGGGCUGAACCUGCUGGUGUUCGCCCACGACCACGUUGGCCAUGGGCAGAGCGAGGGGGAGAGGAUGGUGGUGUCCGAUUUCCAAGUUUUCGUCAGGGAUGUGCUGCAGCACGUGGACACUGUACAGAAGGACCACCCCGGGCUCCCUGUCUUCCUCUUGGGCCACUCCAUGGGUGGUGCCAUCUCCAUCCUGGCAGCUGCAGAGAGGCCAGCCCACUUCGCUGGCAUGGUCCUGAUUUCGCCUCUGGUUGUUGCUAAUCCAGAAUCUGCAACAACUUUCAAGGUCCUUGCUGCUAAAGUGCUCAAUCUUGUCCUGCCAAACAUGUCCCUGGGGCCCAUCGACUCCAGCGUGCUCUCUCGGAAUAAAUCAGAGGUCGACCUUUAUGACUCGGACCCCCUCAUCUGCCGCGCAGGAGUGAAGGUUUGCUUUGGCAUCCAGCUGCUGAACGCAGUCUCCCGGGUAGAGCGCGCGAUGCCCAGGCUGACGCUGCCCUUCCUGCUGCUGCAGGGCUCGGCUGACCGGCUGUGUGACAGCAAAGGGGCCUACCUGCUCAUGGACUCCUCCCAGAGCCAGGACAAGACGCUCAAGAUAUAUGAAGGUGCCUACCAUGUUCUCCACAAAGAGCUCCCAGAAGUGACCAACUCUGUCUUCCAUGAAAUAAACAUGUGGGUCUCUCACAGGACAGCAGCAGCAGGAGUCGGGUGCCCACCCUGAAUGUACUGGCCAGGAGAUCAGCUCGCAGUCUGGGAGAAGCAGGCAGAGGAAGGGCAGCAUUAGCUGGCUCAAAAAAAAAAAAAAAUCACAAAUUGAAGGAAACCCUAGUGCAAUUUACUUUAAAAACAACAAAAAAGAUAAUCUGCCAUAUAAAAGGCUAUUGGCUACUGAAUCUACUACUGUAAAGGGGUAGGCACUUUAUAAGAGAGACUUUUCUACACAGGGACUGUGCUGAAGUGUCCUUUGAAUAAAAGCACAGCCUCUGCCCACCUCUCCCAGCUCCUGCGGAGUUCAGGGACUCCCCUGUGUCCUGUGUCCCAACCUGCAAUAAUCAGCGGCCUCUUUCCUCCUGCCACAGUGCUCUCUCUUUCACUGGCCAUUGUGAUGAGGUGGCCUCUGUCCCUAGAGCUAGCUCCACAGCAGGCUCACGUGCCCCUCCCAGGCACUUCCUCAAAAUGGGCAAGCCACCCAGUGACUUGGUUGGUGACCUCUCAGCUGAAGCCAGGCUGGGGGAAGGGAGGAUGGCCCUGAAUAGUGCACAGCAGGGGACCCUGGCUCUUCUCCCAAUACCCUUGGCCCCUGCAAGGAAUUUGGUAGCCCACAGCAUGCUGUUUGUAUUCAGAAAGCCACCUCUCCCCACAUCACUACUGAGGAGGGAGGCUCUGAGAAGAAGUAUCUAAUAUAUACUGUAUAUUCUAAAGCAGAAUCUGUAUUGGAACUGGGUGGGGCCAGGGCAGCUUAGGGAGAACUGUUACACAGAGCUGGCCUACCAAGGAUCCCAGCCCCUAAGAUGGGACUAGCUGGCCUUUCCUGCGGAGAGGGCUCAGUGUUCCUUCUGCUCUUGGAGGGAAUGUGGAAAACUGAACUUCGUCCCCAGGCCUGAACUGUCCCUCUGCCCAGAGUCACUAGUUGUUGCUUAGCUACCUCUGGUGGCAGGAGAGACUCCCAAGCAGGCACGGUGCUUGCCGCCUGCCCAGGGAAGCACAUAGCACUCAGUGACCACGCACAGGCAGGAACCACAGCUGUCAGCACCCCAACCCAGGCUACAGCAGGAUGGCCCAGCCAGGCCUCUCAGAGGGUGCCCUGGCAGCAGCGAGGUCCAUCCUCUCAGGUGCCAUCCGGAGGCCUGCUUUAGGCCUCCCUUAGCGCCAGCAAUAACCAGGUCUCACAGUCUUCUUGGAGCACUUUCAUCUUUCCAGUGGGCCUUGCUGUUACCUCAGGAGUCUAGUUAGUGCACAUAGGACCCUAGGAAGGGACGUUCCCACCAGGGAGAGCCACUUAGGCCUUGAUCCUCUAGGAAGGUACAAUCCAGGGCCCCAGGGUCUCAGAGGAGGCUACUGCCAACCCAGGCCCUGUCCUUUCUGGGCUUAUUCUGGGUUCUGAGGAGAACCCUCUGCCCUUUCUCCAGUAACCCUGACCGUGGCAGUCAGGAGCUGGCCACUUACUAUAGGUCAUAAGGUCACUGUACCCUCAGCAGGGGCCAAGCACCCCAUGCAGGGCAGGCAGAGCCCAAGAGCUGCCCACCCAGAGUACCCACUUAGUUCUGAUUUUCUUUAGAACAGAAAACUGUAAAAACAAAAUUUUUAAAGUGCACUAAGAGGGAUGGUCAGUGCUCCAGGCUUCCCAGUGAGCCCCAGGCAGUAGCAAACAGAUGCUGGGGUGCUUCUGCUCUCCAUUAGGAAAAACAGAACCCCACCGAACCCAGAGCUACAACUCUCACCAGGAGCCACCACCCAGGGCCACUCCCAGAAGCACGUGCUGUCAACGCCAUCUUCCAAAUCGAAGGGCAGCACCUGGACUGGUCUCUUUCAUGCACUUCAUUUACAGAGACACGUGUCUGGUUAAAAGAGUCACUGACACUAAAAAGAAAAAAAUCUGAAAUUGGGACUGCCUUGUGAAAUCUGAACAGGGCACAGAGACAUGAACGUGCCAUAUCCUUCCAUGGCAGAAUCAGGGCCAGCGCAGGGCCCUGUCAGUGGACAGCUGGGCCAGCCUCAUGGAGGCCAUCUGUAGGUAAUCAGGCUGGGCUUCAAAGUCACAUUAUCACAGGAGUGCAGAGGAAUGGAGGUAGAAAGGAUUCUAGAACGCACAAGGCUCGGCCUGGAGAUGGAGAGAUAAAGGUGGGAGCCAGAGGAGGCUCCAGAGAGCAAUGGGGGAUGGGGACCCCAAGCCCAGUAUGACUACAGUACCUUCUCUAGCAACUUAAAGGUGAUGGGUUCCUGUGGGAUGGGUUGCCUGAAAGCUUUUUUAGGAAAGGGCGCCACCUGCAGGCAGUGAGGUUCUCAACCACUAAACCCCAGUUCCUCCACCACGCCGCCCCCUCCUCAGCUUCUGGGUGAACUGGAGACCACCACAGGAACAGUGAGGAUGCUCUGGUACCACAGGGCUCUGCUCACAUCCUGCCUACGGGCUUACACCCUGCUUUCUCUCCUGAUGGCUGACAUAACCUAAUUCCCAGUGCCACUGUGUUCAGUCACUCCCCAUGUAUACUCUGAGCGGGGAACCUGUAUCUGCUUAAAACUACUAAAGGAACUGAUGUGCACUACAGCUAACCCUAAUAAACCAGAUGCUUUCGGA